GGUUGGUUGGGGGAGAAAAACGUGUGAUAGAUUGAAAGCCUUGGUGUCUUUAUAAGCAACAUGGCGCAUUUGGAUUGUGAUCUAUCAUGGUGAUAUAAUUUGUUGGCGAUUUAGUGUUUGCCAUAUCAGCCCAUGCUUGCCGGGAUAUGUUCCACAGAGGAUAGGAAGUUAAUGAUGCUUAUUUGUCGAUACUGUACUGCUUUAUUCUAAUUUCUAGGUGAAAUAUACACUUUCUAGCAAAGUUGAACUGAAUACACCUAAAGCUUAGGACUUGGGAAGUAAGGACUAGAGUCUCAAACAACAUGUAUAGUUACGCGAGGGUGAAGAAUAUGUCUGAGGUGAAUUGCACUAUAUAUAACAUGGAUGAUGUUAGAGGACCUGCAGAGUGUACAAAGUAGAUAAGAUAUUUGAAAGCGAAAAGUAAGUGAUAUCAAGUCAUGGCUGGAAAAGAUGGAAACAUCUUUGCCAAACCUCACUUGAAGAUUGUUUCUAAGGUCCCUCCACUAAGUAUAAGUUUUAGUUGGAAGAUAUUGAUACCUAGAUACCUAAAGCAGUAAACCAGAUACCUAGCGGCUAGCUCACCUAUGCAAAGCAUUUGUCUUUAAAUAGAUGCAUGUCACCAUGUAUUAUGUGCACAAUCGAAGGGAAAUGGACCAGUCCCAAGAGCACUCGGAGAAAGUUAAGGAUGUUUCACUUCAAGAACUCAAAGCCAGGCUUGCUGAAUUUGCUAGAGUCAGAGAUUGGGAGCAAUAUCACAGUCCCAGAAAUCUCCUUCUAGCCCUUGUUGGCGAGGUGGGAGAGCUGUCUGAAAUAUUCCAGUGGAAAGGAGAAGUAGAAAAGGGCUUACCAAACUGGAGUUCUGAUGAAAAGGAACACCUAGAGGAAGAACUUUCUGAUGUUCUGCUCUACCUGGUUCAGCUUGCUGAUGUUUGUGGCCUUGAUCUCGGCAAAGCUGCCCUCUCCAAGAUUCUCAAAAACGCUCAGAAAUACCCUCCAUCUGCUACUCGCUGAAAGUCUGAAACCAAACCAUUUCAUACUGAAUGUCUCUUCCAGUCCUCUUUUGAUCUGUUUUUUUUUUCACUGCCAUCUCUUAUCUUUUUCAGACUCACCACCCCUACAAAGGCAAUAACAAACCGGUGUUUCGAUAAACUCCUGUACUGUUCCAAUGCUGUUUUGGCUCCUUCGCAUUAUAUGAGCAUCUCAGCAUCUCCACAUUGAGCUUGUAUUACAGCAUCUGAGUAUAGUUCUGGAUGUUUUGUUGUA